UUUAAGCAUGAGAGGACAGUUUUAUUUUUUUGUAAUAAGUGUGAUUUUCAGCGCUUCAGUGCAAUGCUCAUUAGCAGGCUCUGCGUUACAACAGCGAUUAGUUAAAAGUAGCUUGUUGCCAACAUCUUCUUGUAUUGAGGUCGCAAACCAAACCCAAAGUUCUGUUCUUUGCACGGCGACUUGUCUGAAGAGCCAUGAGGAUAUUGUUGUCUCCAGCCGCCAUGUUGUCUCCACAAAAUGCGUUUGUUGUAGAAGUUUGUUAACAGGGACACAGUUUUCCGACACUGAGUGGAUCACGUAUAGACAUGAUGAAACCCUUAUUGUGUAUUCGUAUUGCCCAAUAGGAUACAUUAUUAUCAAUCAUUCACCUGUCAUAACUUGUCUGAGGUUGGAGUUGAUGACAAAAAAUUACAGCGGCGCAGCCUUAGGUUGUCAUGCAGACGGAGGGAAUUUAGUCCGAAUCGACUCUGCUGAGAAGUAUACCAUAUUUCUGCAAUUCAUUGCCAGUCAUGUACCACCCUCAGUUGCUGAAAUUUGGAUUCAAAGCUUCAGGGACCCGAAUGAUCUAAAUAUGAUUUGGAGUUUCCAUGACCACACAGUUAUGCCAGAACAUUGUCCUUUAGAAACUUCAGAUAUGCCGAUUGAAACUCGGCUUCGAUUUAUGAUCGCGGAAGGCAUCUGUAACGACAAUACACCGACACAUUUCUACAACUCUGUUUGUGAAAGAGAAGCAACAACCAUCUCAUAUCUCUAGUACAUUUGUUUAGAGAUAUUGUGCGUUUGUUCAGGUCCAGGCUACGUCUUAUUAAAUCCAUCUUAUAUACGUUGUUAUAAAAACACGUUCGUUCACGACCAUUUCUCUGGUAAAAUAAAUUUAAGGA